AUGAGCGGCGUCUUUAAAACUUCAUCCCCGGCGGACAACAACAACAAAAAACAGCAACAUAAAUUACAGGAAAUACAAAGUAGAAUAAGAGUGCAGCAAUCUCAACAACAACAGAAUAAUCGUAUUCCCUCUCCACCAUUUUAUUCUUCUGCCCCCUCUUUCUCAAACAACAAUUGCAUUCAAAAACAACGAAUUGAGUUUAAUCACGUUGAUAAUUUUCAAAAUAUUGUAAAGACUUCUGAAGAUAAAAAUAGCAGCAACAAUAAAAAUUGGGCUGCAAAAACAUCCCUUUUAAAUAGAUUGAGAUUAAAGUCUGCUUCUUUUGAAGGAAGAAAGUGUAAUAAUGGUGGAAACGAUAAAGAGAAAAUUGAAAUAAAUGGAACAAAAGAGCAAACUGAAAUAAACAAAAAUAAUUGUAUUUCGCUUGCUGACGAGCCAUUUACAAAAGCUUCCUCUUCCAUUUCAAUCUCAAAUCCAAUUGGUGCUCUAAGCACUACAAACCAAAACAAUUUCAAUCAUUCAUUGUCAACGUUGAAUUCAACUUCUACUUCCGGUGCCUUAAAUAAACAACGUUCUCCUUCUCCACCGCCUUCUAUUUUCGCUACUACUGACAACUGUAUUAAACAAGAAUUCGAUCCAGAACUAAGUGCCUCUUUGUUUGAGCAAUCUAGAACGCUUUGUGAUAAUAAAAAUACUUCAAAUUCUUUAACAAAUACAUUAACAGAGCCUAGUCAAAAUACCAAUACAGAAACUCCACAUAUAUCUUCCUUCCCCAACUCCUUUGUUGACUCAGACAUAAAUACACCUAAUACAUUAAUUGAAAAGAAAGAGAGUAAAUUUGAACAACAGAAUCUCCCCUCUCCGCCAUCAACAUCCGCUGCCUCCCAACAACAGCAAAAAUCACCAUCCUCAGAACCGUUUGCUGUACCUGCACUACCAACACCAAAACAGAAGGCCGUUCCUCUUUCGUUUAAUCGUCAGGAAGAACCAAAACUUUUGAAAAAAGAACAAGAAGAAAUACGAAGUGAACAAGAAACUAAUUGUUUAAGUGCAGCUUCAACAUCUUCUCUUAAAACUGAGCAGAUCAACGUUUCUCAAGUUCCUUGUACUUCUAUUAAUAACGAAAAACAAAACUUAAAACAACAAUUACCGCCAACUUAUUUUCAAAGUACUUCAUUUGACGAGACAGAAGCUACAAGUAGCUCUAGCUUUGACGUUUUUCUAGAUAAAGAGAAAGGUAAAUCCACUGGGACUUCAGAAGUGCUAGCAAAGUCUAAACGUUUGUCUUUGCGUGUAAGUUCAGCAGCUGCUCUUCAAUUCAAUCGGCUUGCUUUACACCACUCUAAAGCCUUGAAUAUAUUAGGUAUUAACUCAAUACAACUCAAAUCAUCUCUCAACUGUUUAUCACCAGUUAUUCAAAUUGUUGAUAAACGGGCUUCUUUCGAUCAUCUUUCACAAAGAAGAGCGCGUCUUCAUCAGUUGAGGAGUCAAAAACAAACCCUCAUUCAGCUUAUUCAAAAAGAACAACUGGAGGCAGUUGCAGCCUUACACCAACGGAACUCGCAAAGACAUCAAGUUACUUAUUUACCUGGAAAGACAGCAACACCAAACGUUGCUGGAGCUUCCAUGUCAAGUGUUGCACAGACGUCUAAAAAGCGUUUAGUGCCAGUUCCUGCUGAAUCUUCACCUCAUCUAAAUUCACAACAUCAUGUCCAAAGACAACAUAAUUCCUCCUCAUCCUCUUCAAAUUCAACAACUCCCCAACAGAGAACUCCACCUUCACAUCCCUAUUGCCCAGUACAACCUUCUUUUUCAUCUCCUUCAUCAACAUCUAUUCUUCAACAACAAAAUGAACAUCAACAGCAUUCUAAUAAAAAUAAAAACAACGAUGGUUCAUAUUUAAUGCAUUCAGCGCCAAUCCCACAACAACAACAUUCUUCUAUUAAUACGCAGAAUCAAACUUUGGCAAGUGCUGGUGCUGCUGAAAAUAGCCCCCUUCUAGUCAAUUUAUUGAACAAUAAUGCUUCCUCUCCGGCUAUUCAACAAACACAGAAGCCACAACAAAUUCUACAGCAAAAUGUUACGCCUUUACCUCAACAGCAACAAAUGAUGAUGAUUAAGCAACAGCAACAAAUGGCAGCUCUACAGCAACAACACCCUAAUGCUAUGGGUCAAGCACAACAAGUGAAUUCACAUCAAUAUGGUGUUCCAAUGAAUCCGCAACAACAACAAAUGUAUCAGCAACAACAGCAAAGGUUGGCUCAACAACAAUCAAUGAUGUAUAGUGUUGGUCCAUCUGGUGUGAUAAAUAACACUCCACAACAACAUUACAUGAUUGUUGGUUCUCCACCAACAGGCUCUUCACCAUCACAAUAUCAUCGUCAAGCUACACAGUACGGUGCUAAUGGUCAACCAGCACCAGGUGGAAUUGUUGCUUCACCACCUGGCGCCCCGUCUCCUUAUUUUGGAAUGCCUACAAAUUAUGUGCCUCAACAAAUGAUUAUUCCAACUACUGGUGCCGAUAAACAAGGGUCAUCUGGUCAGAUGUUUUCUAUCGGUCCUCCGACUAACAACACUCAAUUAGCUGUGGAAGAGUUACCGAAGAAAAGAAAGCGAAUCUCUAAAAAGCAACAACAGAAGGAGGAACGUGAACGCGAGCAGCGUUUGCGUCUCCAAGAGCAACAACAACAGGCAGCAAUGGCUGCAUUUCGACAACACCAACAAAUGGCUUUUAUACAGCAGCAACAACAACAGCAAAGAAUGGCUGCGGUGAAUGCUGGCAUACCUCAGCAAAUGUGUGGUGGUAUGGUAAUGCCUUCAAAUUGUCAAGUUCCACCGGGACAAGUUAUAGCUGCUCAACAACAUUAUCAGCAGCAACAACAAACGUAUCAACAGCAUUAUCUUGGAUUACCUGGACAACCUGUCAUACAAAAGCAGGAUACAAAUGUCAUUCAAAAUAAUAUGUCACCUUCUAUUUGCCCUUAUGGAACACCUCAGAAAGGUUCGCCGAUGCAACCUACUGGUGCUCCUAUGUCGCAGCAACAACAGCAGUAUGUUGUCGCACUUCAACAACAACAACAUGGGCAACAAACACUGCAAAAUCAAUGUUAUGUAUCUCCUCAACAACAAGCGCCAUGGGCAAACACACCUAAUCAAAUGUCUCAAUGCGGCAUGCAGCAACAACAAAAUGCUUUAAACGAUUAUCAAUCUACUGCUGCUAUAACAAAUCAAUCUCAGCAACAUCAUCCGCAACAAUUGGUUCAGUCACAGCAAGCCUUUCGAACUCCAGGAACUCCACAUUACUUUUCUCAAUCACCUGCUAGCGCUACACCGUUUUAUUCUCCUCCACCAUCUCACAAUCAACAAAUGGUCGGGACACCAAUUGGUAAUGGAAGUGGAGGAGGAACUUGUGUUGGUAUGCAAGGAAGUGGACCUGGACACUUAACACCCGUUUCUGCUACUGCUGGUGGGCCGACUCCUCCACAUUCUGCUGGAAGUUUUGGAAGUAUGAUUUUAUUCUAA